GAACCCUAGUUGAAAAAAAAUCACAGAAGAAAAAAUGCUUCAGCCUUUGUUUUUUCUGCUGUUCGCAGAAGUCUUUGUGAUACUGCUGCUUCUGUAUAGAACACCUUUGCAGAAGCCACUGCUCCGUUUGUUAGACUGGGCAAAGAGCAACCGAGGCCCGAUGGUGGCGUCCAUGACCGCCGGAGGGAUUUUGUUUGUGAUUUUGGCGUCCAUUCUGUAUGGUAUAAUAAACACUCAGAAGCAAUUAACGGAAGGUAGCCCACUUAAUGUCACGGAUCAGUUCAUCUUGGCCUACCAUCUUCAUGAAGCCUCACUUUUAGGUGUUACCCUAUUUCUGGGAUUGAUGAUUGGCAAGCUUCCUUAUUACAUAAAAGAGCGUAAGGAGACUGGGGAUGAUGAUGGAAAAAACAAGUGGAAAUUGAAGGCUAAGUUGCAGAGAUAGAGGAAGAAGAAUAAGAAGAGGAUUGAAUAGGAUUGAACUGUGAAGAAUAGAAACAAAAUAAACAGCUAAUAUUUGCUGAUAUUAAUUACAUAUAUAUAUGUCCCAACUUCAUAAUUA